GCCAAGCCCAAACAUAUGACUGCCAGCACGUUCUGUUGUUCAGGAGGCUGUAUGUGUAGCCCUCUUUUUGUUCGGUAUCUUGCUCGUCGGGUAUUGUGUCACACUUGGUAGCGGAGCCUGUGGUACGUCCAGGGGCCUCCAGUUUCGACAUGCCGGGCGAAACUGAAGACGAGAAGACGUCGGCAGUAAACCAUGCAUAUUCGUGGGACGGGGUGGCAGAUGUGGCCCCAGGGAAGGUUCAGAAGUCAGGAUUCACAGAAGUCCAGAAGAAGGCAUUGAUGCAACUCGUGGCCGACGCGGUCAAGGGCGCGAUGGCGACAGCGGAGACCUCGCGGGGAGCAGUUAAGGGUGCCGGCUGUCCUUGGGAGGUAUCCGAUCCGUGGUGGAAAUUUCGUUCGGGUUCGAGUGCAGCAUGGGAUGGCACAGGCUCGUGGGGGAGCCCGGCCGGCUGAACUCUGACCGAUUCGAAGCAGGACGCUGACCGGUCGAUUUACCAUCUCUCGACGGAUAGCAAUACGGAGUGGGGAUCACAGGACUGGGCCAGCCAUCGCUGGCAGCAGUCAUCGUGGUCCGACAAAACGUGGCACAAACCCGACCUUCCUGUCACGCCGAAGUGGAUGGGUCGGCCAAACUACAAGUUGUGGCGAAUGCGAGUUCACCAGUGGCUGGAAGGCACCGGUAUCCGCCCCUCCAAGCUGUUGGUUACGCUGGAGGUAGACAUGCAACUGAGGUUCGAAGGACUCCCCGACCCGGGAUUCACCAGCGCAUUGUGGGCAAGAAUUAUUUUGUCUAGUCUCGACGCUUUGAGCGUGGAGCGACACGACCAUGGUCGUCGCAACGCUGGUCGGGAACGCCUUUUCAAUUACAAACGGAAGACGCACGAGCAACGAAACUUGUAUGCGGUGUGAAUUCAGCAGCAGUUCGACCAGCUAGGCGUCCAGGGCCUGCAGCUGGGUGGGGAAUGGAAGAAACUCUUCCUUGAGGAAGGAGUGGUGCUCGAUGAUGCGGGCCACCUGGAGUUACCCGUCAUGACUGGUAACGCUAGCAGUUUCACGGCGUGCCUGUUCGGCGAUCAAGGAGACGGACAUGGCAGGGGAAACAAUUCUCUUGGGCUCGGCCAAAAAGUCGUACCUGGAGGCGCCGCCCGAGGGCAGCGCGUACCCGGCCUU